AUUGUGGGCGGGCUGGGUCGGAGCCGAGGCUGCGCGGCUGGUGCCGGGGCAUUGGGGGUGAGGGGAGGCGAUGAAGUGUAAGCGCGUUUAUAACCGUGGCGGACACUACGGUGAUAAAGAGUAGAAGAUGGUCUUAAGGACUCAAGAUGAUGAACUCUGUCUAAUCCCUGACGUUGAUUAAGCUGAAUACAUUGUGAUUUUCAAUAAUUGAGACAGUGAUUCUAAAAGCUGUCUACUUUAAUGAAAAGAAUAAUGUAGUCAGCUUAACUGAAUCAUCUGUAAAUUUUGAUUAGUACCAUAACAUUUAAAUAAUUCACUUGGACGAUAAAUGUUUAAUUCCUCCUUAAUAGGGGAUUAAGUAAGAAAUUAUUUAUAGAAUUAGAAUUAAUUUUUAAAAAAUGGAGAUGUUUGGAAGCGUACCUCCUCUGGCCACAGAGCCUUCAUUACCACUGAAUGUGGAGAAUCAACCGUGUCCCCCACCUCUUCCUCCAAGUGUGCCGCCGCCUCCACCACCUCCCCUGCAAACGUCCAGUGACGCAGAAGUUAUGGACGUUGGCUCUGGUGGUGAUGGACUUUCAGACACUCCCGCUGGGGACUGUAACACGUCCAGCCAAGACCAGCAUCUUACGAUGGAAUCCACUGUCUUUAACAACCAAUUCACAUCAGUGUCGGGAAGUUGUCCACUGAAUCCAAGAACAGCACGUCAUGCACCAGCUGUUCCUAAGUUUGCCCCUGAUAUUAAGUUGCUCAAAGAUGUUAAAAUCAGAGUUGUUUUUUCAGAUAAUAGUAAAAGCAAAGACAGGCAGGUAGUAUAUGCUGGGGUUGAAUCUGGUGAGAAAGGUACUGAAUUUAGCAAUAGCAUGAAUGGAGGUUUGCAUGGCACUCCUUUUGAUAGGAAGGGAGCAGUAGAGUCAGGGGCUUUCUGUAAUAAAAGUACUGAUAAACAAGAAGUUGAAGACAAUCAAGAAAAAAAAGUGGAAUUUGCAGUACUCGAUGAACUAGACUUCCGGGAAAACUUCGAAACAGAUGAUGUAGAAGGAACAGGUUUCAAAUCUGAAAUGAUCAUUCAACAGGAUCACAUCGAUGAAGAAGCUCUGAGUUAUUCAUUUGAGGAUGAUUUUGAUAAUGAUGUUGAUGCGCUUCUGGAGGCAGUGCUGCCUCCUCCCAAAAAGAGGAAACGGGUUGAAGAGGAUGUUACUGGUGACAGUGACCACCAAACUGAUGAAGAAACAAGUGUGCAGCCAAUGAUGACCAAAAUUAAAACUGUGUUAAAAAAUCGUGGGCGUCCACCGACUGAACCCCUUCCUGAUGGCUGGAUCAUGACAUUCCAUAAUUCUGGUAUUCCGGUUUACCUGCACAGAGAAACCAGAGUAGUUACCUGGUCACGACCUUAUUUUUUAGGAACGGGAAGCAUCAGGAAACACGAUCCUCCGCAGAGCAGCAUUCCCUGUCUACACUAUCUAAAAAUGAGAGACCAAGAGAGAGAGCAGAAUAUGGCAGCGAGCAAUGGUGAGGUAACCAAAGUGACCAUGAAUGGAGAUAUGUCCCUAGAAAAAAUUCAGAAUGCUUCUGUAGAAGUAAAUGAGGAACCAGACUAUACUGCCACUGAGCAAAACUCCAUCACUAAUUCAGUAUCUCUCAGUAGCUCAGGGGCAAUGAACUCUAAAUCCUUGGAAGAAAGAGAAGCCUUAGGUGGAAUCAUUGCAGCAGGAGCCCUGGGGCAGGUGAAGGCUAAAGUAGAAGUAUGCAAAGAAGAAUCUAUUGCCAUUGAUGAAUUUAAAAAAUAUUUGGAAAAACGCUUCGAUUUCGAACAAGUCACUGUGAAGAAAUUCAGGACCUGGGCAGAACGUCGCCAAUUUAAUCGGGAGAUGAAACGGAAACAGGCAGAAGCAGAGCGGCCUAUUUUGCCAGCCAAUCAGAAGCUCAUUACUCUCUCUGUGCAGGAUGCACCCACAAAAAAAGAGUUUGUCAUUAAUCCAAAUGGGAAAUCAGAAGUUUGUAUACUGCACGAAUAUAUGCAACGGGUCCUAAAAGUUCGCCCUGUUUACAAUUUUUUUGAAUGUGAAAAUCCAAGUGACCCUUUUGGAGCCUCAGUUGUUAUCGAUGGAGUCACCUAUGGUACAGGAACUGCCAGUAGCAAAAAACUUGCAAAGAAUAAAGCUGCCCGAGCUACACUGGAAAUCCUCAUUCCUGACUUUAUCAAACAGACCUCUGAUGAGAAGCCCAAAGACAGUGAUGAACUUGAGUACUUCAACCACAUCAGUAUUGAGGACUCGAGGGUUUAUGAACUGACAAAUAAAGCUGGACUGUUGUCACCAUAUCAAAUUCUCCAUGAGUGCCUUAAGAGAAAUCAUGGAAUGGGCGACACAACCAUUAAGUUUGAGGUAAUUCCUGGUAAAAACCAGAAGAGUGAAUACGUCAUGACCUGUGGCAAACACACAGUGAGGGGCUGGUGUAAAAACAAACGAGUUGGCAAGCAGUUGGCAUCUCAGAAAAUCCUACAAUUAUUACAUCCUCAUGUGAAGAACUGGGGGUCACUACUACGCAUGUAUGGCAGGGAAAGCAAUAAAAUGGUCAAACAGGAAAUGUCUGAUAAAAGUGUGAUUGAACUGCAGCAGUUUGCCAAAAAGAACAAACCGAAUCUACACAUUUUGAACAAGUUACGCGAUGAGAUGAAGAAGCUGGCACGGGACAGGGAGGAAACUCGUAAGAAACCGAAAAUGACAAUAAUGGAAUCAGCACAGCCAGGCAGCGAACCUCUUUGUACUGUUGAUGUGUAAAGCACUGCAAAAUGGAGAGCAAUAACGCACUGGACAAAUUCAUCCUCUACAGAUAUCUUUGUAAUCUUGUAGAGAAUUUAGGUUGCAAAAUCCAAACAAUUUUCAAGGUCUGCCCGUCGUAGCUUGACAGUGUAUUGCUUUAAUUAUGCAUCAGCAUUUUCCAUUACAACAGGCAAUAUAUUAUUGAACAGGAAUCUUUACCUCUAUGCCAGAAAGGAAUAUUAGACUAAAGGUAGAAUGAGAGAAUGUUGGAUAUUACCUCAGAGAAGAACCUUUAGACCAGUGAAUUUAUAAUUUGAUUGAUUAAAUUUUUAGGGUGUUUGAAUUUCCUGCAUUGGCCAGCUAUAGAAUGGUGAUUGAAAUAUUAUGCACUAAGCUGUUGGUCAAUUAACCUUUAUUGUACUGUGGGGAUAACUUGCUGGAAGAAAUACAAGAAAUACUUCUCAUUGUUUACGUGUAAUCUGGUGCCAGUAAGAGAUGGCUUUCAAUAGACACAAUCUUAAGUUAUUUUUUUAAUAUGAACUUUUUUUUUGUUAGCAGGUUUUAAGCAAUUUAUCAAGAAACUUUGAGUAAACUACAUGUUUAAAUGAAGUGACACUUAGCUAGCCAUUACUGAAGAAACACAAAGUUUAUAUGUGAGAUCGUUUGAGGCAAAGGUUUGGGAAAAUUGGAUUUGCUUUGGAAACAUUAGAACUUAAGGUACUGGCAUUUUGACUAAACAGUUUUAGCAGUGGCCUUUGUAGGAUGUAAUCAUUCGCAAAUGGUUCUUAAAUUGGAAAAUAGUAACUACCGUGGUCUUUACUACAUGGACACAAUGGUGUUUUAAACACAUUUUGUAGCAAUUGUGACUUUGAUUUCAAUUAAGGAAAUCUGUUAAUAUGCAUCAUUUUUAUAUGGAAAUGGUCAAAAAUCUGGAUCAUAAUAAGUAACCAUAAUGCAUGUUGAGACUGCAAGAUACUGUUGAAGAGCUUGCGAUGUUUGCCUUUCACUCUCAACUCCUGUCGUUUGGCACAGAUAGAGAAUAUGUAAUUUUGUAGCAGUAAUUUAGUGCCGUCAGCUUCGGAGUUUUGCAUCAGAGCUGGAAUAUCAAUCAUUUUUUUUAACUUCUGCUUCUGAUUUGCAGUAUUGUUUUAAGCCUACAUCUUGCAAGUUGGCAAUUCUAACUCGGUCAAUGUUUUUUGUAGUUGGUUUUUGUUCAUGUUUUUUUUAGUGUGGCCCUCUGUUUUAGUUGGAACAAAUUAUGACGCAAAUGAACAGGUUUAAUUUGCCUCAUGGCUGAAGAGUUGGUAAAAAGAGUGUAAUGUUUCUGCACCUAAAAACUUGCAUUAUAACCGGGUAUACAAACUUGGAGGUUUUGAAAUAGAUGCUUGAAAUAGUUCUCAUUGUCUUAUAUUUACUUUUCUUGAACAACUUAGCUUUUCUACUUCACUUGAACACAAUAAUAACCUGAAGAGGCAAAGUACCAUGACAAGCUCCUGUGUACUCUUGGUAACGUGAACCAAAGCUUAAUAAUCGUGUCUUAUGCAAAUUGACAAACUAAAACACUUUUUUAAUGCUUACUGCAGGCUUCAACAGUGCUGUAGAGUGAAAAAGAAAAAUGCAAUAACUGCUGGAACAAAAGCUUGUAUUUAAAAUGUUGUGCACUGUUGUUUUGUCAAGUUUUUUUGUGUGUUUUAAAUGUUUACUACACCUCCCUGUUGAAUGCAACAUUUCUUGCCUUUGCACAUAAGCACAAGAGCUGCUGUGAGAGAGUACAGAUUGUGGUUUAGCAGAAUUGCAUUUACGUGAUCAAUUUUGUGAAUCAUAAAUGAAAACUAGUUGUCUUAGCUUCCCAAUUGAUUUGUACGUUUAAAAUCGGUAUUUGUGUGUAUGUAUUGUAAUGUGUAAGUGCAUUAUAUUCAAUGUAGAUGUCUUUUUAAAAAUUAAACCACUCAACUCAUUUCUGUGUCAAAGGUAAUCAUGAAGUAAAGGAUUGUAAUUUGACAACUUUUUUUUUAAUCCAUUUGGAAACAAGAUUUGUGAUUAUGGAGUGUCUCUUGAUUGGGCGUAGUUCAUUUUUCAAUUUUUUUAAAGCCUGUCUUAUUGGUACAUCAUUGUGUACAUGGUGUUACAGGAAGGAGUAACCAAUUGGCCUGAAAGUAAGUUAAUCUCACAUUAAAUAAAUGAUAAAGAUUUAGAAAAAUGUUUAUUCAUAAAUGCUCGACAAGUACGUAAAAUUUAGUGGUCAUUCAAAAUGGGAAAGAGCUAACACUCCAAGAACAGUAUUGAAGUCUUAACACUAUCAAAUUUGGAAACAAAGUGAGAGGCAACUGUAUUUUCUUUUUAAAGUUGCAUUUGAUUUGCCCAGAAAUUUGAGGACAACUUUAAAUGUGGAUGUCAAUCAAUUGCAGUGACUACUGGUAUUAAUGUCUGAAGAUAUUCUAGCAAAGCUUUAAUAACUAAUAUAUUGUAUGUUCAAAGUUUUUAAAUGUGACUCUUUACAAACUGGCAAGGAGAGAAUUAAUUCCUGUGAACAAAAAAAACAUUAAUGGAAAACUACAAUCUGACAUGAGAGCAUAGACAAAUUCUUAGGAAGUGUGACAUUUGGUAUUCUUGGCAGUUACUACCUGAAUUGUAUGAAACAAGAACACUGCAGAUGCCCCAGCUUUACAAACUGGUUCAUUCUAGUGACUUGGGGCUUCAUUUUACUAUGGUCUUAGUCUAUAGUCAACACACUAUUACCCUGUUCCAGCGUCUGAUUUAUGAAGAUUCUGAAAUUGAAGUUAAUUUCUUUUUUUUAAUGGAAGGAAUGAAGACCUUAGUGGAAUUUUAAAAGGACAAAGUUAGUAUCAGUGUUUUUAUGAUUUUUUUCUCUCUGAUUUAGGAAGAAAUAAGAAUUAUGCAGUUGCAGCUUUGCAUUACAUGGGAAAUUUGGUCUGUUGAGCCCUUUUUUUUAAAAAAAAGUCAUUUGUGUGUGAUGGGAACUUGCAGUGCAAGAAUGGUGCCACACCUAUGAAUUGUGUGCAGUUACAACAAUACAAGUGCUAUUUUAAGUGGCUAACGUCAAGGUUCACGUACAUGUCCUUUAGCCUAUGCUUGCUGCACUGCACAGCCAUCUGGAUAUUUGUGUGUGGUCCUUUUCAAAUGUAAUUUUUUUUUGCGCUGUAGUUUGAAGCAAUAAAGUUUGAUAAUUCAUG